CCCCAGUAAAGCUUGCAUGUCGAUUAAAAUUUACCGGUUUUAAAAAAUUCAAAAUUGAGUCGAUCUUUUAUCAAUAAUAUUUUGCAAGAUUUUAAAUUAUAUAUAAUAAUUGCAUUAAACUGAGUGAUUUCCAUACUUUUAAAGUGACAAGAUACGUCCAAUUAGCUGCAAUUAGAUAAUAAUCAGCAAUAUUUUAAUGCAGAAUACAAAAGCUACAGGGAAUAAGAGUUUCAAGUGAUUAAUUUUACCGAAAAGCAAAACGUGUGUAAAGUUUAAUUACACAAAAUAGAAUUAAUAGCUAAGAGUUAAAAGCUAUAUUCAGGAAUCUCUACUUAUAAAUUAUCUCAAAAUGGAUAUACAGGAAACUCAACCAAGUGUUAAUUCUGUUAAUUUGGAACAUCAGAAUCAGCAGCAAGUUAACAGCUUUUGUCAAAAUUUAAUAAGCAACAAUCAAGUACAUUCUGUCCAAGUCCAACAAGAAGGAGAAUAUUUAAACUUAAAUAUAAAGAUUAAGAUUGAUACAGCACAAAUUCGACACAAUAACACUAUAAUUCAGAACAGUGACAAUCCAGGACAAAAUUUGAGAAAAGAUACACCGGCUACUUCAACUAAACUUGCAGACACUUCAUUAAACUUGAAUGAUUCGAUGUCAUAUGAAAGGUUUAAGGAACAACUUAUUUUACAGAACCAAAAAUCAAACAAAAAGACCCAAUUAAUGAUAAAUUCAACUGCAGAAACUAAUCCACCCAAGAAUACUAUCCGUCCUCAAUUACAAAGUGGAUUGAAGCACAACCUAAAAUGUAAUGAUAACGAAACUGCAAAAAUGCUAGUCAUUUUAGAUAGUGGAGAACAGCGAUUAAUUACUUUUAUAUCACCAAAAGAAGCGUUAACAGUACAGGAGCUUCUUGAUCAAGUUGGAAUUAAGGUCGAUGAAGAUACUCAAGUUGAAUGCCUUGAAAAUGUUGGCUCUGAAAUUGAUUAUAUUGUAAAAAUUGGAAUUUUCAAGGAACCAAACACAAAACAGUUGGUCGAAAGUGCCGAAAAUCAUGUCCAUCAACAGGAAAUAAUAGAUACAGCCACUAAGGAGCUAACGUCUCCAAAAUUGAUAGAACAUUUGCUGCCAACGAAAUUCAUUGAUGGGUACUAUGCUGUAUGCAGUGCUUGUAACUUCCAUGGACUGGAUCUUGCUAAAUGUAGUCAAUGCUAUAGGAUUUAUGAUGAUAAGGAUAAUGUUUUUCGUAUUCUGAGAAUGUCAAAGGUUUAGAAAAAGUCUCAGUAGAUGAAAAUUGUGCCUUACUCUAGUCCAUGUCAUAUUUUAAAGAAAAAUAUUAAUAAAGAGAAGUUUCAUUAACGAA